CGAACAAUUUUCUCAUUUAUAUAUCUCCACACUAGAGCUCUACACAUAUAGUAAAGUAAAUUGAAAGUACUUUUCUUCUUCUUCUCAUUACAGAAAGCACUUUGGAGGAUAUUGAAGAAAAAGAAGAGCAAUGGUUCACAGUAUGGUUGCUGUUUCUCUUCAACUCCCACAGCUUGUUAUCAAUCCAAAUUACAAGCUUAGCUCAAAAUGUUAUGUUCAUCACAAAAAGAAGCAUUAUUAUUAUUAUUAUUCUAAUUUCAUUUGCUUUGCAUUGAAAAAGAAUAACAGUAAUUGCAAUACUAUUCAAAAUCCUCCAAUUUUCUCUCUCAAGUUCUCCAGUUUCAGUCCACUUUCUGAAUCUCCUCAGGCUUCCUUUGAUGAUUACAUUGAAGAUGAAGCUAGAUUGUUGAGAGCCACUUUUUCUGGAAAAAGUGAAAAAAUCAACCAGGAUGACUGGAGAGUUGAAAUGCCAUCUUUCCAAGUGCUUUUCUUGAAGGUGAGCCCAGUAGCUGAUGUAAGAUUAAGUUGCAAAAGCAGCACAAAAGAUAGCCCUAUUCAUAUUCCUCAAAAUGUCUCCAAAUUUAUUGACCUUCAAUUGAUGGGAUGGGAAUUGAAAGGAUUGAGCAAAGAUUUCAAAGCAUCAAAGAUCAAAAUCAAUGUAAAAGGAGCUAUGUAUGCAGAGAGAACAAAAUCAAAAAGUGUUCUCACAAACAAUUUGCUUCUCAAUCUUUACAACUUGGCUCCCCAAAAGCCCAUUGAUUUCUUUGCACAAGAUUUCCUUCAACCUCUUGUGGAAAAGGGAUUGAAGGGAAUGAUGGAAGAAAUAAUGAAAGAAUUUACAGAAAAUUUGCUAUUGGAUUACAACAAAUACAAGAAGGAAACACAAAAGAAUGAAGUUCCUUCCAAUUAUAUAUAAGCUAAUUACACUCUGCCCUAUUUAUCUCAACAUUUUUCCAAUAUUAUUGUAAAACAUUAUUUGCAAUGUUAAAUAAAAUUUUCAAAUAUAUAUUGAAAAUUCCUUCGUUUUUGCUUUA